AUGGAAUUAGAAAAAGGACUAAAUGAAAAUUCUGAUUCACCUCAAUUAUCUGAAAUGACAGUAGACGAUGAAAGGUCAUUAGAAAUCCCUACAGGCCCGUUUAAGGAAGAAGAUUUAGCUGUCUUUUUGCGUUGGCCAGAAUAUACUCAAUGGAGUGGAUUUUUAAAAUUGGAUAAUAAAACUGGGCAAUUAGAACGUUUUUUCUUUACAACUGGAUAUCACGGAGAUAAACUUGAAGUUUGGACUGAAAGGGGAAAACUUUUAAAAGAAUGGAGGGCUGUAGUAGAUAAAUAUUCACAAGAUUUUGAUGCUUCCGUUUUUCAUGAAGAUGCUGUAUUUCUUGAUUUAAUAGAUAAUAUGCCCUCAGAUACAUGGCAGUCUGUACUUGGAACUUUGGUUUGUAUGGCAUUUGUUUGUUUUGCAUUUUUAAGCAGUAUGUUUACUGUUAUCUUUGCUUCAAGCUGUGUUCUCUCAAUUUGCUGUGGAAUCUUGGGGAUUUUAAGUUGGUGGAGUAUAGAUUUAGAUCCAAUUAUGAUGGUAAAUUGUCUCUCGUCCGUUGCCUUUCCUGCACUUCAAGCAGCCUUAUCUACAAUAUUUUGUGUUUGUUCUUUACUUUUUGUUAAACUUUAUAUGGCUGAAGUUUUUGUUAAAACAAUGGUUCUCUGUGUUGUUUUGUGUAAUUUACAUGGUCUUCUCUUUUUGCCAGCAUUUUUAAUUGUUUUUGAUCCAGUCGUCUAUUCGUGUCGUCAACGAAUUUCAAAAAGUCAUUCAAAAGUUAAACAAAACAAUCGAAUACAUAAUGUUAUUCCAGAAGAAUCUGGAAGUCAAGAAAGUUCUUUAAAAGAAAAUACUUUAAUUAAUGAAAAGAAAAGGAAAUUAUUUAAUCAAAAUGGAAUUAAUAAAACAAUUAAUAAUAAUGAUAAACAAUCAACAAUUACUGAUAGACCAAAUUUGGAAAGAUUUCAUUCAAUUGAACUGGAAGGGGAAGGAGGAGAUAAAUUAAAACAAGAAGAAAAUGAAAAAGAAGAAAAGGUGAAUACAACAGAUAAUCCAAAUAUUAAUUCAAAAUCUAACCAAAAAAUUGAUGAUACAAGUCAUUAA